GCCAGUCCUGCCAAAUUCUGCAUCUUAUGUUUGUACCAUCAACCAUGACACUUCCGUUACAGUUCACACACACAAACAAACAUAAAACCAUUUCAAAGCAAUGCGUAGCUUCAUUCGUUGAUUCUCUGUUUUCAGGAACUUUGAAAACGCCAUGAGAACUCACCAACCAAAGCUUAAGACUCAGCUCUUCUCUUGCGGAUUCUUCCGCCACUGCACUCGCUCUGUCUUGAGCCCCACCGCUUCCCAUUCCCCUGCCCUUCCUUCCUUUCCCUCCGCUUCCGACCAACCCCCACCGCCACCGCACUCCCGCCGUACUCCGCUUCCCGAUUCCGAAUCCUCUUCCUCCUCUGCUUCCCAAAGCUUCACCCAAUGGAGAUUCCCACUUCCACAUUCACCUAUUUUUACCCAACAACCUUCUAUUUCAGACCCACCUUCUAGUUUCUCCAUUCCCCCUUCCGAUCCUCUCCCACCACCCAUCUCCGCAGCAGCCCUAAAAGAAAUCCUCCAGGUUGCAGAGCUCCAGCUCUGUUCUGCUUCAUAUUCCGACCGCCUCGCCGCUCUCCAACUCCUCGAACGCUCUUUGGUUCCCAACCCAUCUCUAGACCCGGAUUGCACUCCCGAAUUGAUGCGCGGUUUAAUCGAAAGUUUCAACAUAAAAACCGGUUCCAAACCCGCCACCAAAAUUCUGUUGGCCCUCUGCUUGGCAGAAGGUAACCGUCACAUUGCGGUGGAGGCAGGGGCGGUCGGCGCGGUGAUAGAGUCUCUCCCGGAGAUGGAAGACGCGGCGGCCGAGCGGGCACUUGCAUCGCUUGAACUUAUGUGUACGGUGGCUGAAGGAGCGGCGGAGGUGAGGGCCCACGCGCUUUCGGUGCCGGCGAUGGUUACGAUGAUGGGAAGAAUGGCGGCCAGAGGGAAGGAAUCGGCCAUAAGUGUGCUUGGGGUUAUUUUCGACAAUGAGGUCUCGUCGGAAGCCAAGUCCGCGGUGACAGCGCCGCCGGAGGAGGUGGCGCGUGCUGUUGUUUUGGCGCUGCAGGGGGAUAGUAGUGUGAGGGGGAGAAGAAAAGGGGCGAGGCUUCUCAAGACACUGCAAGAGCAGCAAGACGGUUGCUCCACCGAAGCCGUAGAUUAGGCGACGGUGGUCGGUCGGAGUUGAUCGUUAAUGUUUGAAGUGUUAACCAAUCCAUAAUUCGAGACGACAAAUACAGUUAGUGGUUUUUGGUUAGAUAAAUAAUAUACUUUAUGGGUAUUUUAUUAAUAAUUUGCUCGUUAGUGUGUCAUAAACUCAUAUUUCAUUUGCAUGGUAUCAAUUAGCGCCUCAUCUCAA